AAAAUCAACAGAGCAACAUUUUUGCAGUUUGUAUUAAAAAAACAAAGUCAAUACGUACGUAACUAGUUUGCUAUAAAAUUGUUAUGUGUUGAUUUCUAUUAAAAAAACAAUAAAUUGUCUUUGUUGCUGCCCACAAAUUGUGCCUGUACUUCAUUACGGAUUUUCCCCCGCAGAGUUAAUCAAACUGUCGCUAAUGCACCUGCAUUAUUUACUGAAUAAUAAACGUCUCAUUGUGGCUCACUUCAUUGAGGAUUAUUUAUACCUCUGUUCACACAUAUUACAGUUUAUGCUUGCUCAGCCAUUGCUUUCACACACACACACACACACACACACACAGGUUUGUCCAGCUAUCUUUUUAAGAACUCUCACUGACUUCCAUUCAUAUGGAAACCCUAAAACAACUGUUACCCGUAACCUUAACCAUAACCAGAUAAUGCUUAGCCUUAACCUUUACCUAACAACAAUUCAAAUCUUAGCCUUAAACCACACACACACACACACACACACACACGCACACACACCUCCCUCCCAGGCAGAAGAGGGGAGGUGGAGCAGACAGAGUGAACAGCCACUGCUAUCAAGGUGAAGGAGACACAGUGAGUGAGUGAGUGUGAUACACACUGACAGGCAGGAAACUGACUCAAGUCCAGCAAAGUACAGACCAAGUGAAUGGAACAAAAAAAAGGCUGUUGGAUGUUGGAUCUGCUGCCUCGAGGGGAGAUAAUAUUUACUAGAGAUCCACUUGUAGCUUCUUAAAAACCUCAGUCGCAUUCCCUGUGUCUCUUUAAUCAUGGUGGACCUGUUCAUGGAUCGAGUCCUGGUGAAGAACAACAAGGACCGGGAUGAGCUGGACACAGAGCGUGAGAUUGUCACACGGCUGCAGAACCGCAUCCUGUUGCUCUUCUUUGCAUCUGCCGACUGUGAAAGGUGCCAGACGUUUGCUCUCACGCUGAGCGACUUCUUCAAACAGUUGACGGAUGAAUUCUAUGUUGAUCGCUCUGCUCAGCUGGUUCUGCUGUACAUUAGUUUGGACGAGUCAGAGGAAAGACUUGAGAGCCUCCUCAAAGAGCUGCCAAAGAAGUGCCUGUUCCUGGCCUGUGAGGACCCCUACAGGAGGGAGUUGGAGGCCAUGUUUAACGUGGAGGAGCUGCCAACAGUGGUGGUGCUGCGGCCUGACUGCUCCAUCCUGGUCCCUAACGCAGUGGAGGAGAUACUGCACCUGGGCCCGCGGUGCUACCGCAACUGGCAGGAAGCGGCAGAGCUCAUCGACAGGAGCUUUAUGAUCAGCGACGACUUCGAGGGGAAGUCCAUGCGCAGCUUCACUGACCCCGUGAGGAGGCUGAAAUACAAGGUGGAAGACGAGAAGAAGAAAAACAAGAAGAAAAAACAAAGGGGGUGGGGCAGUGGUGGAGAGGCGGAAAAUGAAAAAGAAGAGGGUGGAGGAGGAGUGUCAUGGUGAUGGAGAUGAAGAGCUAGAGGAAUAAGACUGGAAAAGUUGUUUUUUUUGUGCAUAAUUUUUCUGAUUUGUUUUAUCUGCCAUUUCUGUAACACCUGAUAUUAUCUCUAAAAGCGAGGAACAUCUGUCUGUCUGUCUGUCUCUCUGUUAAUCCCAUAAAUGGUUGACUUUACAGGCUACAGACACCUGGCAGGAGACUUGCUGAGGGCACCAGCAUGCUCCCCGACACAUCUGGGAAAAGGAGGGAUGUGCAGAGAGGAAUCCUCUUUUGUUUUUUGCAAUCAGGCACCUAUUAACAUAACAUCAUUUACAAUACAAAACUGUCCUGAAAGUGACAUUCGAGAUAAUCAACUCCUCAGGACAAUGUUUACUAACGUCUCAUUUCCCCAUAGACUUCUAUUCAAACUGAGUUAUUCUGCAACCAGCAGGGUUGCCCCCUGGUGGCUAUUCACUAUAUCCUUAUCUCCGGGUUGUCAUCAGCCAGUGAGCUGGAAGGCUUCACCCAGUUUUUAUAUGGAGUCUAUGGAUUUCCUAUUAGAUGUUACUAAUUCUUAUACAUUGGAUCUUUAACUGUGAUUGAUCUUAAUUAUAAACACCUCAAAGUGUGAGUGGGUGUGUACAUGCCAGUUACCAAUAAAAGGUAAUGUCGCAUAUUACCUGACAGAACAAUGAAUUCUGCUCGGCAGUGCUGACCUCAGCGUAGACUUUACUGCCUUGACAAUCUGUGAACGCUGCCAAGUGUACAGUGAAGCCAAGGUUUGGUCUGAGCCAAGUGUCAGCGUGAUGGCCUGUUUUAUUACACUCACUAGUCAAAGCAUUUCUCCAUUUUCAAAGACACAUCUUCGUAAUGCAGUUUCUACAUUUUUUUUAUUUUACGUAAUAAUUUGUGCUGUCCAAUCACGACACGCCAUGCAUAAUCUGAAACCAAUGAAUUAUUCAUCACCAUUAAAAUAAUUUAGUUUUA